AUGUGUACAUAUACAUGUGCACGUGUCCCUGAGUCCCUUGAAAAAAGAGAAAGCCACUAUGGUCGGAUAUCUGUGCCUGCUGCAUGCCAGUUCCCCCUCCUCCAACCCACAAGCGCUGGGGGGGGGGGGGCGCAGGUGAUCCGGCAGGCCCGGCGCCAGCGGCGGCGGCUGCUGGAAGCGUCGCGGCGCGAAGAACAUCAGCGCGAGCAGUCGCGGGACGCAUCCGGGAAACCGAAGCACGGCGACGAGGACGACAAGGAACACGUCGGCGGCAACCGGUGGGCCGGGGGGUCUGGCGGCGCCGACACGGCUGGCUUGGGCGGCAAGGGCGGCCCGUACCGCCUCGAGAAGCCGGGGCAGAACGUGCACCAGAUCAGCGACGAGGCCAAAGCGCAGAUCUCGGAGGAAGCCCGGGAGGCCGCCCGGAAGAUGGGCGAGGAGGCCCGUGAGAAACGCCUCCAGGAAAUCGAGAUGGGCGGCGGCGACUACGACUUGUACAUGACCAUACUCGGCGAGGUGCAGGGCGAGGUCGACCAGCUGCGCCGAGUGCUCGGUGCUGCCACCGCCAAGGAGCGGGAGCGCGUCUGGCACAGGGGUGCUGAGGGCGAGCUCGACGAGAACCGCCUCGUCGACGCCAUCGCCGGGGAGGCGGCGGUGUUCAAGCGGCGCGCCGCCCGGGAGCAGAGGCCCGGAGAGGCCCCGCAGCGGCCGAAGCGCAUCACGUUCCUCUUCGACGCCUCCGCCUCCAUGUACCGCUUCAACGGCAUGGACGGGCGACUGCGGCGUUCGUGCGAGGCUGCGGUGAUGCUGAUGGAGGCGCUGCGGGGGUUCGAGCAGAGGUUCGACUACGAGGUCUGCUGCCACGAUGGCGACAACGUGCUCACCGAGCUGGUUCCCUUCGGGAGGCCCCCCGCGGAUGAGAAGGAGCGUUUGAAGGUCAUAUCCAAGAUGAUGACCGCGGCGCAGUACUGCGGCUCUGGCGACAACACCCUGGCCGCCAUCGAGCGGGCCUGCGAGCGCAUCGAGGCGUCCGGGCCCGCGGACGACUAUUUCGUCUUCGCGUUCUCGGACGCCAACUUCGCCCGCUACGGCAUCUCACCGCAGGUUCGGGAGCGCCGGAAGGGGGGCAUUCCCUGA